AUGUUUGUAGAUUUUAAUAAAGAUAAAGGAAAAAAAAAUAUAAGUAAUAAAAGUAAUGAUGAUAAAAAGAAUUAUGAUGAAAAACAAUAUAAUAAAAUAGAUAAUACAGAAGAAGAGAAUGACACCACAAAAUUUACUUCAAUACAAAAUGAAAAAGAAAAAAAUUAUAUAAAUUUUAUAAGCAAAAACAAUAAUAAUGAAAAAAAGACAGUCAAAGUAAUAGAUAAAAAGAAUGAUAAAAAAAAAAAAAAUGAUGAAAAAACAUAUAAGUCAAUAUAUGAAAUUAGAAAUAAUUCAGAUGUAAACUUUUUUAACACUGAAUCUGUACCUUGGAUAUCUUCUUUUUUUAACUUAAAAGACGAGGAUUUAUUAAUCUUUGGAAGAGAAUUAAGAAAAAGAAAUAUUUUUAAAAGAUGUUUUCAAAGAAUUCAUAAAAAUAGAAGGAGGAGAUGUAUGUCGUUUAAUCCUUAUAGGGUACCCUUAGCUUGUAAAAAAGCAACAUUGGAAGAAAUGCUAAUAUCUGAACCUAAAAUAAAAAAAAAAAAAAAAAAAAAAAAAAAUGUUCCCUUUGGAUAUUUUUAUAGAAAAUUUAUUAUGAGAAGUAAAAAAAAAAAUUGGUUAGAAACUCAUAUGUAUCAUUCUAAAAGAUUUCAUAUGAUGAGUAUUUUUGGAUAUAAACUAGCUAUAAAAAACUGUAGUAAAAUAAGUAGAAGAAUUUUUCGAUUUAGUAAACGAAAAUCAUUAAUACAUGAUAUGUCUUAUAUUGAAAUAAUUCAAUUAAGUGGUGAUGAAAAUACUAUAAUAGAUGUAUUGAAGAAAUGCACAAAUAUUGAACAGGCAAAUAUGUUAAAAAAAAAAUAUUUAUUAGGAAUAUUAUUAGGAAAAAUUUUUAUUUAUAAAUAUGAAAAUAAUGAUAUAGAUGAAAAAGAAAAAAAAGAUAAUAUGAGCAAUCAUUCUGAUUUAAAUAAGAAUAACAAUGAUAAUUUUUUUAACUCAAAAAAUCCCCUAAUAUGUCCUGCAUACUUUUUAUGGAGAUCUACAUUGAAACCAUAUGUUCAUUUAAAAAAAGAAAAGAGAAAAAAUAAUAAUAUUGAUAAUGAUGCCAAUAAAGAAAAUAAAAAUAAACUUAAUAAUAAUAAGGAUUGUUCUGAAAAAAAAAAAGAGGAAUUAGAGGAUAAAAUAAGAGAUAUAUGGUUAUUUGUUCAUCCAUUAUGUUUAAAAGAAACCAUGAAGAACUUUCAGAAAAUAAAUUCAUCAAUUCAUGUAAAACAUAUAAAAAAUAUUUGUAUGUAUGAAUUGAUUGGUCCAAGAAGUUUUGAAUUGUUAAUAAAUAUUUUAAAAAUAAAAAAUAAAUAUCCUAAAAAAAUGAAACGAUAUAUUUAUCACUAUAACUAUGAAAAAAUUACUUUACCAUAUGACUAUGUAAUUCCAUUAUAUGCUAUUCUACCUAAAUGUGUAGGUCCAUUUUUGCUAAAUUAUAAAAUUAAUGAAAAUGAAGUACAACAAAUAGAUAAAAAAGAAUCAUAUAAUAUUAAUUCAUUGAGUAAAGAAAACAAAGAUAUUAAUAUUAUUAAGAAUAAUAAAAAAAAUGUAGAUAAUAUAAUAGAAAAUGCAUUUGAUUAUAUACAAGAGAAAAAUGAAAACAGAGUUUUAAAAAAAAAUGAAUUUAGCCAAUACGAUAAUAACAUACUUAUGAAUGAAAAAAUAAAACAGAAAGUAAUUAAAAAUAUUAAAGUUAACAAAUAUGAACAUAUAAGAAGUAAUAAAAAAAAAAAAGUAAAAACAACUAUUUUGAAAAUGUUAAAAAAUAAUAAGUAUAUUGAGAGUUAUGACAUACUUAAAGAAAAAAGAAAAUCCUUAUGUGAAUUAUUAGGAAAUGCUCACAAUUUUAGUUCAUUUCAUUCAUCAAAUAUUUUAAGUAAUAAUUGUAAUAAUUAUAAUAAAACAAUAGUAUCUAGAAGUAAUAUUAAUGAUAAUAGUAACUUGUUAAGUAGUACAACUGAUAAUAAAGAAGUAGUUACGCAUGGAAUAAGUAAUAAAAAUGAAGAAAAAGAAAAUAUAACUAAAAUUUCAAAUGAUUUAAAUUUUUACUUCAAAGAUAAAAAAGAAUCGACUCAUACAUUUGAAAAUAAUGAAUUUCUUAAAUAUAUGAAAAAAAAACUAAGUAAAAAAUUAAAUCUAACAUAUGAUAAAGACUCAAUACAAAAUUACAUAAAUGAAUGUUUAAAUAAUGAUGGUACAAAAGAUGAAAAUUGUUUAAUAUUAAAAAAAAAAGAAACAAGUGAUGUUUAUAAAGAAUUAAAUAAAAUCAAAGAAAAUCUUAAGCAAAAUUCCAAGAAAUAUAUUAAAAUACCCAUAUUAAUUGUAAAUCAAACUAAUAAUAAUAAUCAUAGAUACUUUAUUAUUUGCCCUUCAAAAAAAAAAAGUUCCAUUUUAUUUCAUUUGUUAAUACGUAACGGUUCUAUAGCAAUAGGUUUAAAAGAAAGAGAAAAAAUUAUGAAAUGUUAUGACUUUAUUUGUUAUCCUCAAGACUUUCCAGAUUCUUAUGGUGGCAUUUUAUAUAAUAAAUUAAGAGAAUCUAUAUCAAAAAAAAAAUAUUUAAAAAAACCCUUAAGUAAAAGAAUAAAUUAUUAUUGUUUAGGUAUAAAUGAUCCUUUUAACUAUUCUUGGUUUUGUGUAUAUCCUUAUAAAAAUGAUAUAAAAAUUAUAAGGACUACUGACUGUUAUAAUCAAUUUUUAAUUCAAACAUUUAUACAGCGUUUUUUGUAUAUAUCAUUAAAAAAAAUUUAUCAUAUUAAUACUUUUGAAGAAUUUUAUAAUUUUUUAGAACAUUUUAAAUCAAAAUUUCAUAUUUUCUCAAGUUAUUUUAUUACUGUUUAUGUAAGUGCCUACAAAAAAAGUAUACCAAAGAGAUUAUCUCAUGUUUGUGCAUUAACACUUAAGCAAACAAUCAAAUUUUUUAUAAAGCAAAUAGACACAAAAAAAAUAUUGGAAUGGGUUGAACACAAACGAAUUAUUAACAAAAACAAUAAAGAUAAAAUUGAAAAAUUAAAAGAACCUGUGAUUUAUAAAUAUAAAAACAAAGUUAUAAAAAAAAAUAAAUGUGAAAGAAAAGAAAAGGCACAAAUGGAGAGAAUAAAUCUUCAGAAAAGUUCUACAGAUAAUGGGAAACCAGUUGAUGAUAUUAUUUUAUCGUCAAAAAAAAUAAUUGGAUAUGUGUCAAGUGGGGGGCAUGUAUUAUCAAAAGGAUAUGGAUAUGGGAUAGCACAUAUAUCUUUCUAUUUUUUUUUAGAAAAUUUAUUAAAUCAUAUAUUUGCAUUGAAAUUAUUAGUAUCAGAUGAAAUAAAAAUAAAGGAAAAAGGAAAGAAUUUUCCUUUUAUAGGAUUGAUCAGAAAUGUAAAUUCUGCUUAUUAUCAUCAUGUUUGGAUUAGUUUAGUAACAGAAGAUAAAUACUUGCCUUUUUAA